GUGCUCCACAUGGAGGCGUGGACAGUACACGUAUUUUUUGGCGGACAAACGCGCCUCAAAUGCCAGCGCUCAGUGCCUUUGUAAGCGCGCAGAAAUCUUUUGAAUUUGUAAACAUACCGCGCCCCUCGUAAGCAAAAUGCGCGGAUUCAACAUGGCGCUCUUCUGCACAAAUACACCACUUCAUCGCCUGCCCGGCUAAACGGCCUGCUAACACACUCGGAUGAACCGUGACUGCUCAAAAUGAACGGAAAAGUCCUACCAGACACUCCGAUAGCUGUAGACUGCUGGCAGCUCCGUAAGUGCCAUCACGUCCGUCUGUUCUUCUUGUCUCACAUGCACGCUGAUCACACCUCUGGCCUCUCAUCCACCUGGAGUCACAGGCCCAUAUACUGCUCUCCUCUCACUGCCAGACUGCUCCAGCGCAAACUCAAGGUCAAAGAGAAAUGGAUUCGUCCAUUGGAGAUUGGGGAAGCUCACAUGUUGUUGCUGGAUGAUCUUGGAAAAGAACGACUGACCGUUACUCUAAUAGAUGCCAACCACUGUCCUGGGGCAGUUAUGUUUCUCUUUGAGGGAUACUUUGGCACCAGACUCUACACUGGUGAUUUCCGUUACACACCAUCUAUGCUCAGAGAGCAAUGUCUGAGGAAUACCACUACCAUUGAUGUGCUGUAUCUGGACAACACAAACUGUGACCCCACUCGAGCCGUCCCUUCUCGUCAACGAGCCACUCAGCAAAUUAAAGAGAUCAUUAGGGCUCAUCCUGGAUACGCUGUGGUUAUUGGUCUUUACUCUCUGGGUAAAGAGUCUCUGCUCGUGGAGCUUGCUAUGGAGUUUAAAACAUGGGUGGAGGUGGAUAAAGAGCGUCUGGAAACCUUGCGUGUUCUGGAGCUCCCUGACGUUUUCACCACUGACUCUGGUGCGGGCCGCAUUCGUGUGGUCUCUCAGUCUAUGAUCAAUGCUUCCAACCUGCAGGCGUGGAAUAAAGUGCAGCCUACCAUCGCUAUUUUGCCCACCAGCCGCCCCAUGAUCUCCUGUCACACUAAUGUGUAUGUGGUGCCUUACUCUGACCAUUCUUCCUACCAGGAGCUGGAGGACUUUGUGUCGGCCCUGCGUCCCGUCUCACUGGUGCCCAUCGUGGGCAACUGUCUACCUUAUUUUUCUUCUCUUCUAAACCCCUGCAGGAAAAAGCCCAAAGAGGUGGUGAUUCCAGAGUCGGUCAAGCACUACAUGAUGACCAAUUCUAAUAUUCAGUCCUCCAUUAAUGGCAUUACAAAUAUGCUUCAAAAAACCUCGCGGCCAGAGUCCCGUGGGGUAGUGUUCGAAUCUCCAGAGUCCAAAAUAAGCCGACUUAGUCACGAUGAUGGGGAUUCUGAGACGGAUCAAGACUCCGACUGCAUUCUUCUAGACAUGAGCACCAACUCCUACUCUCUCGAGAGCAGCCCACACAACAAACGAUUGAAACCCAUCCAAGUUGCAUCAGAAGAUGUCGUCACAAUUGGCAGCAGCCUUCCAUCAGAUGACAAUGAGUCUGUUAGUACACUUACAGAUGGAAGAUCAUCUGACCACAACUCUGUGUACCAAAUAGAGCACGAAAGUCAGACGAAGUCAUCCAAGGGGAAGAGUCCUCAAAUGGGCUGCACCAAUUCUAGAGAGAGGUGCUCUUCGAUGGACAGCAUCAGUGUUCACGACCAAACCUGUAUUACUGCUGCACUCACGCCCCCAGAAACACGUUCGGUGACCGCUGCCUUGACCUUCACAUUACAGCGAGAGCAGAUUGAGCAGUUGCUCCUUGAGAACUUCAUCAUACCUGCUGAACAACUUAAAGGUGACCAGAUGUUGUGGAGAGUUUGUGAAGAGAUUCGCCUUACUCCGGUUGAUCUUCCUAAGCCAGCUGGUGAUCCUCUUGAAGCAGCUAUAAAGACAUUCAAAUCUAAAUGUGAUCAAGCAAGCACUUAAAGUAUAUGUAAUGUUAAUGUGAACGUUUAAUUAUCAUGUAUCAUUGUAAUUUAGAUUUCAACAGUAUUGUGGUUAAAUCUACAAUCAUUAACACUGUGCCAAGUACUUACUCUUUUUCACAUUGUUAUUCUGCAUUUCUUUUGAGCCAAAAACUGCUGGUGUUAUUGUUAAUCCUGAUGGUAUUAUUUUCACAAUGUGGAUGCUGAGGUUCAACACGUUUUGCAUGCAUUUGUUAUGUAGCAUCACAAAGCCCCUUACUGUGUAUUUGUUUUCAGAUGAAGAAAAAAAAAA